UGCCAGCCACAGGUUCAGACCCUGUGCUCUGCUUCUCCCGGUAUGAGGAGUCCGGCAAGUGCAAGGACCUUCUGGGGGGAGGUGUCAGUGUGGAAGACUGCUGCCUCAAUGCUGCCUACGGCUUCCAGAAGCAGGGCAGUGGGCUCUGUCAGCCUUGCAGGUCCUCGCAAUGGUCAUCAUGGUCUGUAUGGGCUCCCUGCUCAGUGUCAUGCUCUGAGGGCUCCCAACUGAGGCACCGUCGCUGCGUGGGCAUGGAUGGGCACUGCCCUGAGAAAGUGGCACCUGGUACCCUGGAGUGGCAGGGACAGGCCUGUGAGGACCAGCCAUGCUGUCCGGAGAUGGGUGGCUGGUCUGACUGGGGGCCCUGGAAGCCUUGCUCUGUCUCUUGCUCCAAAGGGGUCCGGAUCCGCCAGCGAGCAUGCAAUCGCCCUGCUCCCAAGUGUGGAGGCCGCUGCCCAGGAGAAGCCCAGGAGUCCGAAGUCUGUGACACCCAGCAGAUCUGCCCCACUCAUGGGGCCUGGGCUGCCUGGGGACCCUGGAGCCCCUGCUCAGGCUCCUGCCAAGGUGGACCCCACGCAGUUGUGGAAACACGAAGCCGCACAUGUUCUGCACCUGAGCCCUCCAAGCACCCUCCUGGGAAUGCCUGCCCAGGAUCAGCCUAUGAACAGCGAGGCUGCACUGGCCUACCGCCCUGCCCAGUGGCUGGGGGCUGGGGGCCAUGGGGCCCUGUAAACCCCUGCCCUGUGACCUGCGGCUUGGGCCAGACCCUGGAACGACGGACAUGUGAUCGCCCAGUGCCCCAGCAUGGGGGCCCCUUCUGUGUGGGUGAUGCCGUCCGGACGCACAUCUGUAACACAGCCACACCCUGCCCUGUGGAUGGAGUGUGGGGGGACUGGGGGGAGUGGAGCAUUUGCACCCGCCGGAACAUAAAGUCCAUCAGCUGUGAGGAAAUCCCCGGCCAGCAGACACGUUCCCGGAACUGCCUGGGCCGCAAGUUUGAUGGACAUCGAUGUGUGGGGAUACAACAGGACAUCCGGCACUGCUACAACAUCCAGCGCUGCGUGUUGAAAGGCUCGUGGUCGGAGUGGAGUACCUGGGGGCUGUGCACGCCCCCUUGUGGACCCAAUCCUACUCGCACCCGCCAGCGUCUCUGCAAUGCCUCACUCCCCAAGUUCUCGCCCACGGUUUCCAUGGUCGAAGGUCAGGGCGAGAAGAACGUGACCUUCUGGGGUAAACCACGGCCACUAUGUGAGGAGCUGCAGGGGCAGAGGCUGGUGGUGGAGGAGAAACGACCAUGUCUACACGCGCCUGCCUGCAAAGACCCUGAGGAGAAGCCUUAAAACUUCUCCCUUCCAUUCUGACCCCUGCCCUCCAUCCAAGAUCUCAAUGAACCAGCCUCUUCAGGA